AUGGUACUAUACAUGAAGCGCCAUCCGCAAUUAACAACUACGAAACCUAUUCCUCUUGAGUUACCACGAGCAAAAAUUACACAAACAAUUGUUGAUAAAUGGUUUAAUUUACUAGAAAAGGUUCUUAUUGAUAAUGAUUUAUUAGAUAAACCAUCUCAAAUAUUUAAUUGCGACGAAUCUGGCUUUGCCGAUGCAACGGAGAGAAGGAAAGUUAUCGUCGCCAGUCCAACGAAGUUUCCAUAUAAGAAGCAAGGUGGUACCGGUGGUAAAUCAUAUUAUUCUGUUUUAUUCUGCGUUAGCGCAAGCGGUGUCAUAUUACCGCCAUACACAAUUUACAAACCAAAAAAAUUAUAUGGGAAUUGGUGUCUAAACGGUAAAUAUAAGAAUUGAAAAUCACUUAUAUUUAGAGAAAAAAUACGUAUGUUUUUUUCAUGACUUUUAUUUAAGUAACAAAGUCAAUUUUUUAGGUUCAGUAAUGCAUUACGCUCAAGAUGCUUUUUCCAAAAACGGCAAACCAACAAUGAUCCCUACUUAUCC